AUGGAGGAACUAAUGAAACUGUCAGUAGGUUCUAUAACGAGCGAUGAUAAACGCGAAGUUUUAAAUAAUUCGGAGGAUUUCAGCAAUGAAAGUACCUUAGAAUCAACGACUGCUUGUGAAAAUCACAAGGCGAUAUUAUACAUUGAUUUAGAAAAUGAAAAGAAGGCUCAAAUAAUUUGUAGAACCUUAGCAGUUGACAAAGAACCGUCGAGGAGCACAGCUAAACGAACAUACAAUGUGCAAGGGCAUCAUUUGGUUGUUGAGGUCGUGAGUCUGGAUGCGAAAUACCUUCAAAAGUCGGUCGACAAUUUAUUCGACAUGUGUUAUUUAGCUAGACAAACAAUCGACGAAGUUACAAGAUAUCAUUUACAAGUAUCCAAUAGUUUCAUUGAUGCUCUUGAUAGGAGUUGA